CGCCUGCUGCUGGCGCUGGGCGGCGCGCAGAUGGCGCUGGGCUGCCUGAUCGUGGCGGUGAGCUUCGCGGCGCUGGCCCUCACCACCUCCGCCCGCGUCCGACACUCCUGCCCCUUCUGGGCCGGCUUCUCGGUGCUGUUGUCGGGACUUAUCGGAGUCGUAUCUUGGAAGAGGCCCCUCUCGCUUGUGAUAACCUUUUUCAUGCUCCUGUCGGCCGUCUGCGUCAUGCUGAACUUGGCGGGCUCUAUUCUCUCCUGUCAAAACGCUCAACUGGUCGACUCCUUGGAAGGCUGUCAGUUGAUAAAAUUCGAUAGCGACGGCGUCUGCGUUUGCUGUGAGCUACAACACCAGACUUCGGGCUGCAGCAACCUGGGCGAGACGUUGAAACUGAACCCUCUGCAGGACUGCAACGUGGUCCGGCUCACGCUCAAGGACCUGCUGUUUACCGUGUGCGCACUCAACAUCGUCUCCACGAUCGUCUGCGCUCUGGCCACGGCCAUGUGCUGCAUGCAAAUGGUCUCUUCUGACGUUCUGCAAAUGUUCCUGCCGCAGAGGCUGCACGCCACCCAAACCAACUGCAUGACCUCCCACGGAACCGUCCUGCACCAAACUCUGGAUUUUGAGGAGUUCAUCCCUCCGAUCCCGCCUCCCCCCUACUACCCACCUGAGUACACCUGCACUCCCGUGAUAGAAGCACAAAGAGGGCUCCAUCUGGACUUCCCUCACUCACCCUUCAGCACGUUGUACGAGGUUGCGAUUAACAGCCCCGGGAUGGUCUACCCGGCGGAGUUGCCCCCUCCGUACGAGGCCGUAAUUGGAGAAGCUCCCAUUCACCAGGUCAUGGCCCUGGAGCAGCAGGUUGCAGAGUCUGGCCUGGGCGAGAGGAAUCCCCCAGCGGUCUUCGGCACCCAAGCGUCCGCGGACAGCCUGUCCCAGGCGGUCUCUGAAACUGUGGACGACCCCGGUCACGGCUACUCCUCAGAGGAUCUCGGUUCGCGGGACGUCCAGGAGUUUCUGCUUUCAGCGGACUUACCUUCCUCCGGCCCGGCCCACAAGGGAGCUACGGACCGGAGCUGCUCCAGCUUGGACUACAGCAUCCGCUGCGGGUCGCACAGGACUAAUUCGCCGGAUGAGGACGUCGGCGUCCGCGGCCAGACCUCUGCGGGCCGGCCUCACGGUCAGGAGCGCGAGACCUGCCCUCGUAGCCGCUCCUCGGACUGCUCCUCGGAGAGUUUCGGCGCCUCCGAGAGAGACCCCCGCGGCUCGGCUCGGGAGUGCAAAGCCAGCCCCCCGCUCAAAAUGUGCUGCGGGGUCUUCAGCCAGCCGGCGGCCUCACAGACUUACCGCAGCCGCUGUUCAGUGCCUGUCCACACUUUGCCGCGCGGCUGCCCCGAGAGGACGGCCCAGCGGUGCGGCAGGAAAGGGAGGGUUUCGAGCAUCGUCCGAUCGACUAGCGACCCUCUGACGUGCUCAUCUACCUUAGAAGGUACACAACCUGUUCCUCAUGUGGCUGCCUGUGCUUGUCAGGACUCUGCAAACCGUUGCCUGCCCGCCGGGAAGCCGCGGGACCCGAGGAAAGCGGACCCUUCCCAGAAGCCAAAGGCCUUAGAGACCCUCUGCAAAGAACGGCCCCACUCCUUGGUGGACCUGCAGACCUAUAAGGACACGAAGAUCCUGGUGGCCAAAUUUCUGGAACAUUCGAACUGUAACCUCCCUCCGGAGGUGCGUCACGUGGUCAACAGCAUCCGGUCCGUCAUCAAGUCUGACGAACGACACAUGGAAGAAGCCAUCUUCAGCGCGAACAUCAUCGACCAGGUGAUCACCAGCUCCCAGCAGAACGUGGACACGUCACGCAAGCGGCUUCAAGAAGACCUCCACCUCCAGAGCUGCGGCGCUCUGAGCUCUCCCGUUGCCUUCCUCCGCCGGGCCCACAUCACGCACAGUUUAGAGCGGGGCAGGCCGCACAGUUUGAUCGGCGUUUGCCGAGAGACCAUCCUUUGACAGUGACCC